AUGUCUCUUACGACUUGCUGCUUUUGGUGCCAGGCAGUUCGGCCAAGUGCUGUAAGGGACGGCAGUUCCCCGAACUCGACUCAUGGCCGCUCUGAGUCCGACGGGCAGGCAGUCCCCCCGAGUUCCCAUGAAAUGGCACCAAUCAGAGCCCACGAUGGGUUUGCGCAAGGUGUACGGAGUAACAUCAUGCAAGUUCUCAAAGAGGACAAGAUGAGGGAGGACUAUCCCACUGAACCUGCACCGACAAGUUUUGAAGUCGUGCAACCAGCCAUUCGAGUCUAUGCAUAG